AUCUAAUCUAAUCUAAUCUAAUCUAAUCUAAUCUAUCUGCCGCCCCUCGCUCGGCUCGGCUCGGCUCCUCCCUUCUUCCCUUUCGCCCGCCACUGCUCCCACACUCCGCGGACCCUUCUCAUUUGCCUGCACGUACGUGAGUGAGUGUGUGUGCGUGUGUGGCUGCAUGUGUUUGCGUGCGUGUGCACGUCUGACUCUCUCUCUCCCUUUGCUCGGCUGCAGCUGGCGUGGGCGUGCACUGCACUGCCCGUGACCCUCCUCUCCUCUCCGCGGCGGCCCUCGCUCGCUCGCUCACUCGCUCGCUCAUUGCCUGGCUUGCUGGUCGGCUGGCUGCUGGCUCUGCGUGCCUCUGGAUGGACGGUUUGCGUCUUCCGCCGCUCAUCGAGGAGCCUUUGGACGCUGCAGGUGAUCCGAGCCAGCUCAAAGCGGACGGCGGCGCCGAGGAGAGAGACGUGCCGGAGGACGGCGACGAGAAGCUGGAGAUGGAGCCCGAGCGUGCCGCCAAAGACGGGGAGGACGGAGGCGGCGGGAAUCUGAGCGAGAAGCAGGAGGAGCAGGAGGAACAGGAGCUGGAAGAGCUGAGGGCUCAAGUCCUGCAGCUGCUGCUGGAGUUGGAGGAUGCCAGGGAGACGUCGACUAAGCACCACGACGGCUUCCUGGAGCUGCAAGGACUGCUGGAGGACGAACGUCUGGCCAGCGCCCAUCAGGCCGAAGCCUUCGCUCGACAGAUCCACAACCUGCAAGCCCAGCUGCGCUCAGCCAAGGAGGAGAUGGACGGCCUGGAGGAGGAGAAGGAGAGCGAGCUGGCCGAGGCUCGGGAGGAGCUGCGCGCCGCCCGCGAGGAGGCGCUCCUGCUGCAGCAGGCGGCCGAGGAGGCGGCGGCCGAGCGCGAGAACGACAUCGCCUCGCUGCAGGAGGAGCUGUGCCGGCGGAGGGCCGAGCUCGGGCGCCUGGGCGACGAUGCGCGCCACUACGAGCUGGAGAUCACCACGCUGAGGGCCGAGCUCAGCGUGAAGAGCCGCCAAGGGCCGCAGGGCGACGCGGAGCUGCUGAAGGAGGAGUGCCGGAGCCUGAGGGAGGAGUGCCGGGCCCUGAAGGAGGACAACCGGAGGCUCUCGGAGAGGCUGCAGCUGCUCCGCCGACAGAAGACAAGCUCCGACGACGAAGGCGGCCGGGGCGACGGGACGGAGACGCGCGCCGACGACACCCUGAGCGAGGUGAGCGCGGCCCCCUCGCACGACGCCUGGGUCCAGAAGAACAUCUCCUUUGACGGCAAGCCCGGGACGCCCACCGGAUGGCACGGCGGCGAGAUCUGCUCGCUCAGGGAGCAGCUCAAACAGGCUGAGGAGAAGGCCUCGCGGGUUCACAAAGAGUGCCACGGGCUGAAGCUGGAGCUGCAGGAGCUGCAGGAGCUCUACGACAGCAGUCAGAAGGAGCGCAACCAGCUGGAGGAGGAGCUUGGGCGUUGCAAGGCAGAGCUGGAGAAGUUGGCUCAGAGCUUCAUCCAUCCAUCUGAGCACCCUGUUCUCUCCAUCCCCUUCAUAGGAAUGAUUGUAAUAGUGGCCGUGGUCUGGUGCUGCUUGUCGGAGUUGGCGUCCCACAGAGCAAGGUAUGAGAGCGGCUCGGAGCCCUAAACCCGAAUCUCGCCUUUGACCACAGCAAAGGAAACAAAGGAGUUUUCUGCCCGAUUGGCUCGCAGCCAGCGCUGGCUGUCUUGAGAUACGAGCCGCUUGAGCUAGCUUGGUGCUGAGCAACGUAAAAGGCCCGCCGCGGGCAGGCUAACACUUGUAGAUGACAGACAAUAGUCUCGUGUGAAAAAGCAAGGCUAUUCCUGCAGUCCUUCAGAGUAGCAGCAAAAGUCUUGUAUUUGCCACCGCCGCCGCGUCACCUCUCUUUUCAGCGCUUCCGUAAUAAACGGAAGGAAGCGCACCUCAAGGCACCGCUGAAUUUCUGCAAUUGGCCAUGACAGCAAAAGUCCAAAUAAGUACGUGCGCUAAAGGAACGGGUGGGCGGGCACUUUGCCAAAGCACAACACAAGCUCGCGCUCGCUCGCUCGCUCGCUCGUCUCCAAUCGCAAUCGUCGUAAAAACAAAUUGCCUUUCCUGCCUUUGGCUUGUCCCUCUUCUUGACAGAAGGAAAAGGAAAGCAACUUGUUGCGCUAACUUAAUUCAUGUUGCCGCCACUCAUUUCCAUAUGGAAGCUUUUCCCACUUAGACCCCCAAAACGUUCAUCCAAGCGUUGCUGGAGCCAAAAGAGCUGGGUGACUUUCUUUGCUGGUUGGGGGGCAAACGGACGUGCGUCUUUGACAAGCUUCCCUCCUUGGUGUCUUGCGUCAGGGGAGUGAGCUAGCUUGGAAGUCCAUCUUGACGGCCGCCGCCACGCUGCUGACGGCGAGCGCCGUGUUGAGGGCGCUCGUCCGAUCUUGACCUUAUCCCACGGACGGCCGGGAGCGGAGCGGAGCGGAGCGUGGCUGGCUGGCCCCGGUGGCUACGACGUGCGCGGUCGCCGUGGAGGACGCUGUCACUCCUCUUGUGGGAAUAGUCUCUCUCUUUUAUUGCAUCCUUCCUUAUUCAGUCAUGUGUUGCUUUCAUUCUUGCCUUUGUCCAAUGCUUUGUUGAGUGCGCUGAAAUGCGGGGGAGCUUGUUCACCAGGCUCGCUCGCGCUUGAUUUUUAAGGAAGGCGCAUGCGCACGUCGACAUGUUUUGCUAGUAAAUUCACCUUGUCGUUUUUGCCCUUUGUUUUCCGACGUGACGGAGAGGCACCUUGCCUCGCAAGUGCUCCACGUUCAUUGAGACUUUACAAUUGAAAUAGAGACAAUCGCUGAAAAUGGGAUUUCAGUGUAUUUUUGGCUGUGGAAAUGACUUUAGUGCUUUUUCAAAGUCAAAGUCUGCUUUAUUGUCAAUUUCUUCACAUGCCGAGACACACAAAGAAAUCAAAAUGACGUUCCCGCUAAGAAGAAAAGCAUGCAGCGCACAACUCCUUAAGACUCAGCCCAUAAGACUGAGCGAUGCCAGUCACUAGGGCCCGCCCCCUAAAGCACAACUACCAGCGACCGGCGGCAAAAUAAUUGUCAGCGUGGCCGCCAGGCAGGUAGGCAACGUUUGCGAGGGAAGCCGUUAAUGGCUCCCAGCCGGGACUAUUAAAACGGCUCUAAUUUCACGCUCGACAAAGCCGUCGUUGUUAAAGAUUGCCGUUAGGGCGUUUGCCCGCAACCGUACGAAGGUGCUUCAAGGAAUUGGAGCAGUUUGGCUCAUCGGGCACAAUUGGAGCAAAUGCCACAAAAACAUGCUCAAACGUAUGGCUCUCAGCGCUUGAGAGAAAGUCAACUGGUUGGCUUUGAACCCCACCUAGUUUGCGCUAGCUGUUGUUUUCCUUGCCUGGCCACUGAGCUGAGAGCCAGGCGGUGGCGGCGCUUCAAGCAGUGAAUAGAGGCAGGCCCCCGCGGCUUUGCGUGCAACAAAACUACAAGCAAUCUCAUGUCAUGACCACGUCACUGGAUGGAAAUAAGAAAGUGCCGGGAGCGCCUUCCAUUUGUACCUGCUUUGUUGAAAGUUCUAUUUGGAAGAGCCACAUAGAUUUGAUUGUCAAAUGUCUAGCAGUGGUGACUUUGUUUCAAAGACGAAUGAAGCCGACGGUAAGCUCGAUGAGGCCACGAGUGUGCGUGCGUGCGUGCGUUCAACUUUAGACGGCAGCUGCAAAGUGAUGACUUGCAGCUUCCCAUCGGACAGACGGGGAAGGCCAGCUCUCGUUUGAUUGAAACGCCCGUCGGAGUUGCGAUCCAUCCGACCUUCGGCGGCCGCUUUGCAUCUGGCUGCGCUCGCUCGACUUUGUUCUUUUUCACAUGGCUGUGGCUAUUUGUCACCCGCAGCUCCAUUUCUACUGUCUGUGACGUGAGAAAAUAAAUAUAACUUGCCGCCCUCA